GGACUAGGUUUCUCUUGCCUUUGGGAGCAGGUAGAGAAGCUCUGGGGCUUAAAACGAGGACUGGAGGUUAGGAGAGUGGAGAGGAGCUGAAGACAGCUUCGUCUGGCUGCAAUCAUGCUCCCACCCUUCAGGGAGAACUGGCCACUGCCUUUCCUCUGGACGUGGCUGCUGGUUCUUCCCUCUUUCCGGUGCGAUGGCUCGGGCAUUUCCCCCUCUCCCGGCCACUCAAAUACAUACCAUCUACACUGCUGCAAAUAAGGGACCCUGAGACGUAAAACAAGGCAACGAUCACCUCUUUCUCUCCUGUCCCCGUCUGGAGGAUCCCCUCAUGUACAUGGAUCGGGCAACAACCAUAGCCGAGCCCCGGCCUCCAGUGGACCAUGGUGUGCAAAUCCGAUUCAUCACAGAGUCAGCUGACAGCACACAGGCAGCCUCUUUACGCCGGGGUGGCCGUCGCCCAGCCAAGGACUCUAGAGCUAGUUCUUAUGGUGUAGCAGUGCGGGUGCAAGGCAUUGCUGGGCAGCCCUUUGUGGUGCUCAACAGUGGGGAUAAGGGUGGUGAUUCCUUUGGGGUACAGAUCAAAGGCAAUGGCAGCAGAGGAGCCCCUGAUUCACUGAGCUCAGACUCAGAGCUUCCUGAGAACCCCUAUGGCUCACCUCGGAGGUUUGUUGGCUCCUAUUCCCAGGGCAGUACCUCUGAUGAGGAAGCUGGAGUUGGGCAAAAGAACAAGCUUCAGCGUUCUCGUUCCCAUGCCUCCCUGUUGGAUUCUGCUCCUGUGGGCCCAGGUGUCCUGACUGGCAGCCUAUUAGAAUUAACCCCUCCAGAUGGUCCCUCUGGGAAUGUCAUUGACACAGCACCCCUCUCUUCCGUGGAUUCUCUCAUUAGCAAGUUUGACAGCCGAGGGUCCCAAACGAGGGGCCGGACUGGCUACCGUACACGACUGUCCUCAGAACAUCGAAAGCGGAGUCAGAGCUUAGAUAGCCGCCCACCUCGAGAUACCGCAGAGGAACGGGAUCGGGUACGGGAACAGGAACGGGAACAGGACCAGGACCGGGACUUCAGCAACUCCUCCACUAACUGGAAGCAGACCAAUAUGAUGAGUGGCCUAAAUCAGGGCCAGGGCCAGGCCCCAUCAAAUGUCAUCAGCCGAUCCCGACAGACCCAGGAAUGGGUGUUGCAGAGCUUUGAGGAGCCACGGGGGAGGGCACGGGACCCUACCCUAAUGCAGUUCAAGUCAACCCCAGACCUUCUGAGGGACCAGCAAGAGGCCACAACCCCUGGCAGUGCUGAACACGCAAAAGUUACCAUCUAUAAUAUUCUACGGGAGGGGAGUUCAGAAAGUGAAACAUCUGUGAAGAGGAAGGUCAGCCUGGUGUUGGAACAGAUGCAGGCCCUAGCGGUAACCCCUCCCAAUGUCUCCCAAGCCAUGGCAGUACAUCGUGGGCUAGUUCAGAAGGUUGAUGAGCUGCAGCAAAAGCUGGAUGAGGAGGUAAAGAAACGACAAAAGCUGGAGCUCUCUCGUGAGCCAUCCCGGGUCGGGCUGGAACGGCAGCUGGAGGAAAGUGUGGAGGAGUGUCUACGACUGCAGGAGAAACUGGAAAGGAAGAAGGCAGAGAUGCAGCGUAGCACCCAGGAGCUCCAGGACAUGAAGCUCUUGCUGGAUCAGGGUGAGAGGCUAAGGCAUGGGCUUGAGGACCAGCUGAAAGAGGUGCAAGACAAGCUAAAACAGGGACAGAACCCUGAGGCUGCAAAGGAGGCCCUAUUGAAGGACCUGCUAGAGACUAGGGAGUUACUAGAGGAAGUACUAGAGGGCAAACAGAGGCAGGAGGAACAGCUCCGGCAGCGGGAGCGGGAACUGACGGCUCUGAAGGGGGUGCUGAAGGAGGAGGUGGCCUCUCGGGACCAGGAGGUGGAACGUGUCCGGCAGCAGUGCCAACAGGACAUGGAGCAGCUGCGCCGGAGCAUGAAGGAUGUCUCCCAAGAUCAGGCCACCCUGGAAGUGGAAAGGCAGAAAGUGUCAGCCCGAAUUCGGGGCCUAGAGAGGGAACUUAAAGAGAGCGCUGAGGAGACUGGCCACUGGCAAAGCAUGUUCCAAAAAAACAAAGAAGAGCUUCGAGGAACCAAGCAAGAGUUGUUACAGCUUCGGCUGGAGAAGGAGGAUCUGGAGGAAGAACUCAGGGAGCAAAUCGGGGCUCUGCAGAAGGACCUAGACCAGGCCAGAGCCAGUGCUAAAGAUAAUCGUCAGGUUGAGAACCUCAAGAAGGAACUGCAGCGGGCACAGGGGGAGCUUCAGGACCUGAGGGAUCAUCAAAGUCAGGAAGCCGCUGGGAGGAAUCGGGCGAGGGAACUGGAACAGGAGCUGGCAGCCCUCAGAGAAGAGGCUGAGCGGGGAAAGGGGGCUGAGCAGCAGCAGCUACAGCUGCAUAAGACCCUUCAGCAGCUUCAACAGGACUAUGAAGAGACUGCCAAGGCCAAGGCAGCAGCUGAAGCAGAGGCAGCCAUGAUGGGGCAGCGGCGGGCAGCAGUGGAGUCAACGCUACGUGAAACCCAAGAGGAAAACGAUGAAUUCCGAAGGCGGAUCUUGGGUCUGGAACAGCAGCUAAAGGAGGCCCGGAGCUUGGCUGAGGGUGGGGAAGCUGUUGAGUCGAGGCUUCGAGACAAGGUGCAGCGGCUGGAGGCAGAGAGACAGCAUCUCGAGAAGGCCCUGAGCGCAUCUCAGGAAGAAGAGGAAUCACUGGCUGGGGCAAAGCGGAUGCUGGAGGGGCGGCUAGAAGAGGCACAGAGAGGUCUUGCGCGUUUGGGGCAGGAGCAACAGGCAUUAAACCGAGCCCUUGAGGAGGAAGGGAAGCAACGGGAAAUCCUUCGGCGGAACAAGGCUGAGCUGGAAGAGCAGAAACGGCUGCUGGAUAAGACUGUAGAGAAACUGAACAAGGAGUUGGAGAAAAUUGGAGAAGAGUCACAGAGAGCGCUGGGGCAGCUCCAAGCCCAACUGGAAGAAUACAAGGAGAAGGCACGUCGAGAUGUAGCUGGUGCCCAGCGCCAGGCCAAGGAAUGGGCCACCGAGGCAGAGAAGGCAGCUGGAGGGCUGGGCCAGCUGCAGGAUGAGGCCCAGCGACUGCGCCAGGCCCUGCAAACAUUACAGGCUGAGCGAGAUACAGCCCUCCUGGACAAGGACUUGCUGACCCAGAGACUACAGGGGCUGGAGCAGGAGACCGAAAGCAAAAAACGUUCCCAGGAUGACAAGGCCCGGCAACUCAAGAACCUAGAAGAAAAGGUUUCACGCCUGGAGGCAGAGCUAGAUGAGGAAAGAAACACAGUGGAGCUGCUGACAGAGCGAGUGAACCGUGGGCGAGACCAGAUCGACCAGCUGAGAGGAGAGCUGCUGCAGGAGAGAUCUAGUCGGCAAGACCUGGAAUGUGAUAAGAUCUCUCUGGAGAGACAGAACAAGGAUCUGAAGAGCCGACUGGCCAGCUUAGAGGGUUUCCAGAAGCCCAGCGCCAGCUUCUCUCAGCUGGAGUCACAGAACCAGGAGCUGCAGGAGCGACUUCAGGCUGAAGAGAGGGAGAAGAUGCUUCUGCAGACCACGAACCGAAAACUGGAAAGGAGGGUUAAAGAGCUUUCCAUCCAGAUUGAUGAUGAAAGACAGCAUGUAAAUGACCAGAAGGAUCAGCUGAGCCUGCGGGUGAAGGCCCUGAAGCGACAGGUUGAUGAGGCAGAAGAGGAAAUUGAACGGCUGGAUGGUUUGAGGAAGAAGGCCCAGCGUGAGCUGGAAGAGCAGCAUGAGGUCAAUGAGCAGCUGCAGGCCCGGGUUAAGGCCUUGGAAAAGGAUUCCCGGCGCAAGGCUACCCGGUCAGCAGCCGAGGCAUCCCUCAAGCAUGAUGGGCUGAGUUCGGAUGAGGAGUUUGACAAUAUCUAUGACCCCUCAUCCAUUGCAUCACUGCUCACUGAGAGCAACCUCCAGACCAGUUCUUGCUAGUCAGUGGUCAGCAAGGCUGACCGCUGUUGGUAGCCAAGUUGCAGAAGGUCCUUCCCUCCUCAGCCCUAGGCUCCCUUUUCCCCCCCGUCCACCAAAUGACCCUUCUAGAGCAGGGUCUGGAUGGUGGUAAGGGGAACUCCUGAGCAUGGGACAGAUCAGGGCUUUGGAAUGGACUAUCCCUCACCUCCUCUCCAUGUGAACACAGAGUUUGGGUGGGAGUGGGUAGGUGGCAGGGGAGAAGGAAAUUAAGAGAUUUAAACCUAUAGAGCUUGUAUUUUUUCAGCCUCUUUAUCCUAAGGCUCAGGGACAUUCCCCAUGUGAUCCCUUUACUCAUCCUUUUCCUGACUAGGUAAGGAGGCUUGGGAGAAGGGAGACAUCAUGGGCUGUGGACACGCUGGCGUGGUCCUACUUGCUUUUCUUUGCACAAUCCUGGGGGCCCCUGAGGUACCCUUGUAACCUCUAGACCUUCCAUUUUACCUUUACCUGCUUUGAGCCAGCAGAUCCAAGGGACCAUUUCUCCUUUUCCUAAGAGUCACCCUUCUGGACUUCUUCUCAGUGCCUUAGCUAGGGUGAGGAGAUGAGGUGGUUCUCCUCCAAACACAACCUCCUCAUAUGGCCAUCAGGUCCCCUUUUGGUCCUCGUGCUCAUCCUUACUCUCCAGGUAGCUGAUCAAGAAGGUAAAACAAGGCAAACUUUCUUAUGUUCAUGGGCUUCCCUUGAUGCCUGUGUGCUUAUGAUUUGGUUGGGGCCAGAGAGCCCUGCCAGCUGUCUAAAUACAUUUAAAGAUUCACAGAUCAAAGAGCCUCUUCAGGUCUAAUGGUUCCACUGCAGCCCUUCCCACAGAUCUCCUGGCCUCAACAGGGAAUCCAAAGAUCCCUCAUUUCCUCAGGAGAUGGUUCUUAAUGCUAGCUCCUGCCUCAAGCUGGGAAUUCUCACUUCAAAAUGGAACAGGAGGCAGAAACAAAGACCUCCAUCCUGCCUUUGGCUUUUUAGAACAGACUCAGCCCCCAUGAAUCAUCUCCAGGAGCCUGGGGGGGAGGGAAGCAUGACUACACUCACCGAUGACUUGUAACUUUGUGAUUUUUGUACCUCUGUUCCUUGGGCAAAACUCUUUCCCUCCAAUUUUUUCCACCUUGAUUUUAUUUUAAAUUAAAAUACAUAUCUUUAUAUUGUGAA